UAGCUUUUCCCUUCACCGGUUAUGCUUAUCUGAAUCAGUGAUGAUAAACAGAUUCAUUCAUGCAACUGAAUCCUAUAUAAGCGUCUUUAAGUUGGAAUAAUCGCACGUGCAAGAAGAAACAGUGAUUAGUUAAAGAUGCUCAGCGCAUUAUACUUAUUGUUCGUGCUCGCCGCUUGUCGUGGUGAUCAAGGGGAUGUGUUCAAGGACACUUUCGACUUGAGUAGUGAAGAAUCGAUUGCCAAAUCGAUGAACGACGCCUUUGGUGAUUACAGAAGUGAACUCGGACCCCUUUUGGAAGGGUAUGUGAACAACUCUAACUUGGAUGCUGCAGUAGCUUUGCGAUGUGCUAGCAGGUUUGUAUCUAUUUGGAUGGUGAAACACGAAUGGUUGAUUGUUUUUAUCUGCUUCACAGAGCUGAUCCCGAUUUUCAAAUAUUCUACGAUGACCGAAUCUCAUGGCAAGAAUUGAAAUUCUCUUCAUCAAUGACCAUCGUAGUCCACGGUUGGCUGGAUAACUCGGACGAAGUUUGGGUUCGAAAAAUUGCUCAUGAAUUGCUCAAAAUUGACGACUCUACAAUUUGCCUUGUGGAUUGGAACUAUCGUGCACGUUUCAAUUACCGCCAAGCAGUCUUGGAUCACACGCCAUUUGUUGCAGAUUUAAUCACUAGAUUUGUCCUAUUUUCGAACGAAAAAGGUGUACCAUUGGAAAAAGUCACCUUCAUUGGCCACAACUUGGGCGCUCAUAUUGCCGGGCAAGCCGGGAGGAAUCUCGGUGGAAGAGUUGGUGAAAUUUAUGGUCUGGAUCCACUUGGGCCUUUGUUUCAGUAUCCAGAGGAUCGUGGAUUGCAAAAGCGUUUGGAUCAAAGUGAUGCGAAGUACGUUCAGAUAAUCAUCACUUCUAGGUACGAGUUGGGUCUUGUGAAUGGAGAAGGUCAUGAAAACUUCUACCCAAAUGGUGGUGAAUCGGCCGCAAACUGUCCUCUCCCGGAUACAGACUCAAAGGAAUUGACGAAUCGUAUUGCUUGCAGCGAGUGGGAGGCCACCGAAUAUUUCAGACAGUCACUGGAUCCCGACAAUGUCUACGAAGGAAAGCAAUGCUCGGAUUGGCCGUCAUUCCUAGCUCAUCGUUGUGACUUCAACAGAGAUAAUGUUCUGGGUAUAUACAGCUAUAGGAUUGGUGGAGAUUUCUAUCUGAACGCGGAGCCAAUUCUCCCCAAUUUUCCGGCUUUCAGCAGCCAUGCUCACUAGUUCAGUUAGGUAAACUUUUUAUCUUAUAAGAAGAUAUAAGUAUUUAUUGAAGGUGACGGUGAAAUAUU